AUGGCGAAUAUUAAAGAUGCCAAGUAUGACUUGGGGUUAGACAUGACUGUAGAGGAUCAGAAAAAAAUAGGAAAGUUCACUAACCUACAUUUUAAACAAUCGGUUUACGAACAAAAGAUAAAAUUAAUGAACGAAAGUAUUUCUAAUAUUGACGCAUCGAUAGACGAAGUUUCUUUGGUGUUCUCUCCGCAAGACGCCAUGUUGGGCAUAGGCGACUGCUUCUUCAGCGUCGACACGGAGUACAUGGAAAAAAAUCUAGAGCAGGUAAAAGCCGAGGAGAAGAAAAAUUUGAAGAAGUUGGAAUCCGAAUAUAAAAAUAUUCUAAAUGAGAAGCAACAAUUGAAAACGGAGUUGUAUGCAAAAUUUGGAAACAGGAUUGACCUAAACUAA